AUGUCUUCAGAAGAUCAAUAUAUCUUAGUAACCGGUGGAGCAGGCUAUAUCGGCUCACAUACAGUCAUUGAACUAAUCAAUAAUGGAUACAAAGUUAUAAUAGUUGAUAAUUUAUCAAAUUCUUCAUAUGAUGCGGUAGCAAGGAUCGAAUAUAUUGUGAAUCAACAUAUUUUAUUUUAUAAUAUCAAUUUAAAAGAUACUGAAAAAUUGGAUGAAGUUUUUAAAAAACAUAAAAUUAUAGGAGUUAUUCAUUUUGCUGCACUCAAAGCUGUAGGAGAAAGUGGACAAAUUCCUUUAAAAUAUUACGAUAACAAUGUUGGUGGUACAAUUUCAUUAUUAAAUGUAUGUACUGAAAAUAACGUUAAAACAGUUGUAUUUUCAUCAAGUGCAACUGUUUAUGGUGAUGUUACUAGAUUUGAUGAUGACAGAUAUAUUCCAAUACCUGAAGAAUGUCCAAAUGAUCCAACUAAUCCUUAUGGUAAAACUAAAUAUAUAAUUGAACAAAUAUUGAAAGAUGUUCAUGAUAGUGACCCCAAGAAUUGGAAAGUUGCAAUAUUGAGAUAUUUUAAUCCAAUUGGUGCUCAUCCUUCAGGUUUAAUAGGUGAAGAUCCUCUUGGUAUACCUAAUAAUUUAUUACCUUAUUUAUCUCAAGUUGCUAUAGGUAGAAGAGAAAAAUUAUCUGUUUUUGGAAAUGAUUAUAAUUCUAAAGAUGGUACCCCAAUAAGAGAUUAUAUACAUGUGGUUGAUUUGGCAAAAGGUCAUAUCGCUGCUUUAAAUUAUUUAAAAAGAUUUGAAAAAGAUAUUAAAAACCAAAAUGGACUUUAUAGAGAAUGGAAUUUGGGUACUGGUAAAGGUUCAACAGUUUUUGAAGUAUAUGAAGCAUUUUGUAAAGCUGUUGGCAAAGAAUUACCAUAUGAAGUUGUUGGAAGAAGAAAAGGAGACGUUUUAAAUCUCACUGCUAAACCAGACAGAGCCAAUACAGAACUAGAAUGGAAAGCUGAAUUGAAUGUUGAAGAUGCUUGUAAAGAUCUUUGGAAAUGGACUACUGAAAAUCCUUUUGGAUUUGAGAUCAAAAAUUAUGAAUGGACUAAAUUUAACGAUUUGAAUAAUAGGUUACAUCGAUUCGUAUUAGGAGACUUUGAAGUUAAAUUUUGUAAUAGAGGAGCAUUGAUCCAAAGUAUAAAUCUUGGAGAUGAAGAAUUAGUAUGCGGAUUCAAUGAUGCUGAAGAAUACGAAUCUGAAACAAAUCCAUUUUUUGGAACAACAAUUGGAAGAUUUACAAAUAGAAUUAAAGACAGCAGUUUUCAACUCGAUGGUGAAACUUUUAAAUUGACAUCAAAUGAAAAUGGUAAUACAUUACAUUCAGGCUCCCAUGGAUUUGAUAAACAAAAUUUCUUUGGGCCAGUCGUCAAAUCAAAAAAUGGUGAAUUUGAUAUCAAAUUUAAAUUAAUUGAUGAAGAUGGAAAUGAUGGAUUCCCCGGAAAAUUGGAGACUAUUGUUCAUUAUGUCAUUCAGAAUGAAUCUAAUCCAAGUAUAACUAUAGAAUAUGAAAGUAAAUUGUUGACAAAAUCUUCAACUAUUAUCAAUUUAACUAAUCACUCAUAUUUCAAUCUAUCCAAUAACUCAACAAUUGACGGUACUGAUAUCAAAAUUUACACCAAUAAAGUUUUAGAAUUGAACUCAAAUGGUUUACCGACCGGAAAAAUAGUAACAAGAGAAAAUAUUCCAACGAAAUUGACUCCAGAGACUAAUUUUGAUGAUUGUUUCGUUGUUAGUGAAAAUAGUCAAAUUGAUACAAGAUCAAAUAGCUUGAACAAAAUUUUUGAAGCGAGUCACCCAAAUUCACAAACAAAGUUAGUGAUAUCAACAACUGAACCAAGUUUCCAAUUCUACACUGGUGAUGCAAUUAAUACUCAUGGAUUUGGUAAAAGAAGUGGAUUUUGUGUUGAACCUUCUAGAUUUGUUGAUGCUAUCCAUUUAAAGAAAUAUGAAAAUCAAGUCAUUUUACUAAAGGAUGAUGUUUAUGGAGCUAAAUCAAAGAUGGAAUUCAUUAAGAAAUAG